GUACGAUUGAUUUAAAUUGGGAGGGAAUAGUGUUGGGUGGGCCGAUGAAGGAGGGGGUGUAAGUCCUCCAUAUCUUCAAAAAAGAAAAAGAAAAGUGUGUCCGUCCACGGUGUAGCAACAGGGAAUGAGCAUAUUGAACGGCGGCAAUGGGAGAUUUUGGGGAAUGGGAUCUCCCCAUUCCGGGGACUGGAAUCGACGGAGAAGAAGAAGAGGCAGAGGAGGAGAGAAGGACGUCCGAAACGGAGAAUCCGGCGCCGCCGGCUCCAACUCCCUCGAUGCGACUCACGGCGCCGGCUACCGAUUCCCUUCCAAACAAGCCCUCACUGCCGGAUCUCUCGCUCUCACCGGAGACACCAUCGCUCAGCUCCGAGAUCGGUGGGUGAGGAGCAAGGACGUUCUUCCGAAACAUCCGCAGUUGCAGGAUGUCGCAGGAGUUCUGCUUUCUGAGCAUGAUUGGCUCCGAGCUCUCCGGAUGACUUCAUAUGGGUUCUUGCUAUAUGGACCUGCUACGUUUUCGUGGUACAAGUAUCUUGAUCAUUGCAUGCCAAAGCCAUCAGCUCAGAAUUUGUUCAUGAAGGUUUUGCUUAACCAAGUUGUACUCGGCCCAUGUGUGAUUGCGGUUGUUUUUGCAUGGAACAAUUUAUGGUUAGGGAAACUCUCUGAGCUUCCGAAUAAGUAUCGCAGAGACGCCCUUCCUACUCUUCUUUUUGGAUUUAGGUUCUGGAUCCCUGUCAGUGUUUUGAACUUCUGGGCAGUCCCUCUUCAAGCUCGAGUUGCUUUCAUGUCAAUGGCCUCUAUAUUCUGGAACUGCUGCUUGUCUGCAACUAUGAACAAGAAGUAGAAGAGUCCAUCUGGUCCUCUACUCGGCAUAGGUACCCUUUUCAGUGGCCUUGGAGAGCAAAUCAAUAAGAGGUCUUUCUAAUUGGGGUUGAGAAUAGGCAAUGACCGAUAAUACGGAGUAUUUGGUUAGCGUGUAUUUUUAUUUGAGUAUUACUUAUUCUUAUUGUAAUUCAUAUCAGAAAUAACUUCAAAUAGAAUUUGAAUCAUACCAAAUUAGAUUAGACAAAAGAGAAUGAACUUUUAGCACUACU